AUGGAUGAACUCACAGAAGAAGAACGUUUACGAGUUGAAAAAAAUCGAGAACGUGCUCUAGAACUCAGGCUAUCUCAGGUUGUUGCAAAUGAUCGCCAUGAUGUGUAUGCAACUGUUCCACAAUCAAAGCUUUCACGAAAUCACCUAAGUGAAGGAGGCUUUAUUCUUGAGGAGGAAGUGUCUAAUCACUAUCCUUAUACUGAAAAGGAUGAAGAGUUAUCAGAUCCAGAGCUGGGUGCAGUUGCGAAGCCAAGAAAGCGUAGACGAGUUUGUCAAAAACAGUCGAAUACAGAAAUACAGAAUCGCUUCAUCAAUGAACCUGAUGUUCCACUCCCGCCUGAUCAAGAAAAACCGAUAUGUGAUCUGUGCAGUAAAACCUUUGAAGAAUCUUUUUUACGUAAAACAUUCGAAGUUGAUGUUUGUGAUAGAUGUCGAGAUCCGAAGAAUAUUCAUGCAUUGAUUACAAAGAGUACAGCAAAAGAACGCUAUUUAUUAAAUGAUAUCGAUUUGGAUAAACGUGAACCCAAGUUGAAUUAUCUCCUGAAACGUAAUCCGCACAAUUCAAAUUGGGGAGACAUGAGAUUAUAUUUAGAAGCCCAGGUUGCUGAACGUGCUUUAGAAAUAUGGGGAAGUGAAGAAGCCUUGGAAGAGGAACGUGAACGGAGAAUCAAACGUAAUGAAGAAUCUAAGCUAAAAAGUUAUAGUAAAAAGGUUAAAGAGUUAAAACUUCAAACACGUAGUAGCUUGUAUAUGAAGGUACAUAAAUCUCAUGAGCAUACAUUUGGACCAGAAGAAUAUGAUGCAAAGGCAGAUAUUUAUUAUAAAUGUUGUACUGA